AUUCAUGCCCACAAAUUCCUUCCAAACAGAAACAGCACCAGACUCCUUUCCUUUUCCUCUCGCUCCCUCGCUCUUUCUCCCGCAACUCGGCGUCGGCGACCGCUGCCGCUGCCCUACUACGCCAGGUGCACUGCUGCUGGUCUAGUAGCCUCGUCGGUCCCUUCGACAGGUUUUCUUCGGGUCUUCGCCGGCGACGAGCACCCGCCAGGUGGCCAAUGAUAAUGUUGGCGGUCAGAGGGCUGAACAGUAAAAUGCUGGAGAAAAGACUGCACGGAUGCCUGCUCCUGCUCGUCUUCCUUCUGGCAGACGUAUCAGGCAGCCGUGCUGAAACUGCCGUCGAUCUGGGUCCAGACUCGGAGGACGGCAGCAAGAGGAGGUCGCUGGCCACCACCAUGUUCUGUGUGGCGAAACAGGGCGCGGACGCGACGGCGCUGCAGGCAGGGCUCAACUGGGCGUGCGGGCAGGGCCGAGCGAACUGUGCGCCCAUCCAGCCCGGCGGGCCGUGCUACAAGCAGAACGACCUGGAGGCGCUAGCGUCCUACGCCUACAACGACUACUACCAGAAGAACUUUGCUACCGGCGGCUCCUGCGGCUUCAACGGCACAGCUACGACCACCACCAGUGAUCCCAGCUCGGGGCAGUGCGUCUUCACAGGAAGCUCCAUGGCAGGAGGCGGCACGCCGGCUGCGAGCGCCCCCAGCGGCCUCUCCCCGCCGUCGUCGUUCACGCCGGGCAUUGGGAGCCCCUCCAACACCCUGAUCCCUCUGGACGGCGCCGAGAGCCUGGUGUCCAGCGUCUGGUCGGCGAUUUGCGCCCCGCUGCUGGCGUUGCCGCUCUUCUUCCUCUGACCACCAGCGGCGGCAGAUGAGUGGCCGGUGCUUGCUAGUAGAGCGCUUAUUAUGUUUUUUUGUUCUUGUUCCUGGGUAGAUCGCUCUCGUGUGGCGGUGUUGAUGUACAUGUCAGAGUCGUGUUGGAUGCGCUGGGAUGGGAGAUUACAUAAGAUGCUACAGAGAUCUAUUCAUACGUAGAAAGUGGACCGGACUCCACCGUGUUUCCGUGUGUUCUGGUCUCAGAUCUGUUCGUGGCAGAAACCAGAUGUAAAUGUAUCAUGUUCACUACUCUCUGUGCAC